AUGGCUCUAGAAGCCCCGUUGAGGUCAUCGAUUGACGGUGUCAUGUCUCCCUUCUCGCCGCAUACAGAUAUAUCUGUAUCCUCACCAGAGUCGCCUGCACGUCAAUCGCAAUUCCGUCCAUUGUCUGCUAGUUCUGCAGAGUCCAAUUCCCUCCGUCCCUCCUCUGCCGCCGGUCGAUCAUCCGCCAUGAACAACCACUUGAUGAGCCCGAGCGAUAUCGUAGGCCCGUCGCCGGUAACAUCAGUCGGGACUGAGGUCACGGAAAUAGAAGAUGAUAUGUCGGAUGACGCCCGUCUCGAGUUUGCCAGUCCAAGUUCUACACAGUCUUCACGGCUCCUGAUGCUGAGAACCAACUUGCCCGAUCACGUACGCCAAUCUUCCAGUGAGGAGGCUGUCUCAGUUAUACAUGCACCCGAAAGCUUCCAAAGCUGGGCCUCCUCAAGCUCCACCAUUGAGCCUCUUGAUGAGUCAACGCGAAAGACGUCGCCCAAAACCUCACCUAAACCCGAAGCUAUUCAAGUUCCACCCCCUAUGGAUCACAUGUCAAAGGCUCGAUCCCCAGGACUUCCUACUCCGCCGCCCAUUUCUACAGAUGUCAAGCCGAUUAGGUAUAGCCUUGAUAGCGCUACUCCGCGAGCCCAAAACUUGCAAGAAGUUCAGAGUCUACUAAGCGACUCUGCAAGGCUACGUUCGAGUAGUGCCAGUAGUCUUGAGCUGAUUCCAGAGAUACGGGAGCCAGAGACGGAUGCCGACAUGGAUCCUGAAGCGGAUGAUGAGGAUGAAUUCGUCACUCCUUCAGGCGGCGAAGACAUGGAGAUCAGAUCGCUCAAGACAGCGCUAGCAGAAUGCUGGACACUGUGCAACACCCUCGCCACAUUGAGCACACAUCAUCGAGAGAGGGUCUUUAACACGUCUGGAACACCCGAUGCUCACGAAAAGGCAUGGAAGGCAUGCUGGAAGCUUUGCCAACGACUUUACGACAAUCGCGAUGAAGAUGAGCAAUAUUUCAACGUGAAAAUGAAUCUCGACCUAUGUCGAGACUUUUGUCAAUCGCUCUUUGAUGUCAGAACAAAGAAGGAUGAAACUGCAGAUUCUGUAUUGAGAGUGAGCUUUGAGCUGAACAACCACUUGUAUAGCGCUCAGGACAAUAGAAACCUCCCAGAAGCUUUUCGCGAACGCACCUUGGAUUUUUAUAUAACCCUCUGCCACCGGCUCAUGAAGCAGAGAAAUGAACUGGCAGAGGAGACCGACUCUCUGCUUCGCGCAUGCUGGUCCUUGGCAGAAAUGCUCUUCAGCCUGCGUCAGAACAAGCGGGACAACAAAGCCCCCGAUGAGGAGCUCCUGGGUUCGGCCGUUCAAGCUUGCUGGGAGCUGUGCGAUAUCUUCCGAGAAGGGUGGACUCAGAUUCGACCAGACAGAGGUACUCCGAAACCAAAUCACACCAAUUUCUUCACCUUCCAACGAGAAAGAGAUCACGGAGACCAAGACGGCCGGGCAAGCCGAGCGUCAAAUCGUUCAAAGCGAGAUAGUUUGAGAGGCAUUCCUCAGGAAAAGAAGAAACCGCUGCCAGUGCCGGAAACGCCCGUGACAGAAUUUGAAGACACGCCAAUCUCGCCGGAUAGCGAGUCACCUCAAGUACCAAACAUUCUGGUGCUUGGCACAGAAAGUAACAGAGGCGGGCACUGGUCCAGUAGUGCAUCCAACCUGUCGGGCUACUCCCAGAGUAGUCAAAGAACGUCCAGCACGGCUACAACCACCACUUCGGCAGAGGACAUGAACGUUUCACGAAUCAAAAUGUUGAUUCUCAAAGCUGCAAUGAAUGUCGGUUUCUCCAGGGACGAUUCGAGCAGCCACGGAGGCGCGGCGUCGCUGCAAGCAUUUGUGAAAUCAUUGCCGACGGGCUCUUUCGGUUCACUGCCGGCACAUACCUCCAUGCUGCAAAGCUACAAAAAUCUAGUGCUUGCCGAUUCUUCUUUCAAACACUCCUCGUCACUCCCAAGUCGGGGCAAACGAGUUUCGGCUACAGACAUGGCCAAGAGUGUGGGCUGGAUGACGCAACGAUCAGGUCAAUACGGCUUCCUACGCGAGUUGUUCAAACUCGUCUUUGGCUUUCAGCUAGAGGAAGCCGACUCCAGGAAGAAUGUUAGCAUUGCCGUAUGA